UGUGCCAGUGAACUACUGUAGAAAGAAACAUUUGGUCUCAAAAUGUGUCAAAGAGAGGUAGUUUGACUCUCACCCUCCCACUUCAGUAGCAUCGUCACAGCGAGCAGGUUCUGCUCUCUGCUGCCUCCGCUCUGAAGGUAAUUUUCUUUAAUUGUUAGCAAAUUCGAAAGAGGAAAGUGAACUCACUGAGUAUCAUCCUCAUCCUUAGUAAGGAUGGGAUGCGUCGGCCCAAAGCUGUCAUCUUUCCUCUCGCCGCUGCACGCUUUUUGCGUAUCCGACGCAAAAUUCCCUUCUUGAGAGAAGCAAUGUUGAGUUUUAUGUGAUUCAUCGUUGUAAAACACCGCACAAAGUCGCAAAGAAACUUAGCGCACGUCGCGUCGGACGCGAAUGUAUGCGCAUGCGCGUGAGCUUUUGAACGAGUGUGCGCGUGCGCGCGUAAACCAACGCUCUGCUGCGCUCUUUUGUGGUCGAGAUUUCGUCCUCAGUAAGCCGACAUGCUACUGAACCCUGAGGCAGAGCGGACACUGGUGUGUGUUGAGAGGUGGCUAGCUGUUUUUCUGUAUGUUUCGUCUGUUUAGGAUGGAUUCCCAUUCAAUCGCAGAAAGAUGGACCUGCCUACGUGCUAAGAAUUAGCUACAACUAACCACGAAGAUCCUGUAUAUACCUAGAUAGCUGGGCGUCGACGAUGUGGCUGGAGCCUGGUGUCGUCUCUCUGAGCGUGUUAGGAUCUUUCUUUAUCUGGACAAACCUUCAUCUACUGCUCCGUCUACUCGGCGUGGCUAGUCGCUGGGGCUGGCUGCUCAACUCCAAGUCGGCCUACACCGCCGUCGUCCUGUGUCACGCCUACCUGUACUACACCCGCCCUCUUUCGGAAAGUCACGCCGACGUCUACACGGACCUGCUGGUAUGGUCGGCCGGGUUCCACCUGUACCACACGACCCAGAUCGAUCUCCGCAGCGUAAUUCUCCACCACAUCUCCACCUCCACCGUCCUGUCGUACAUCCUCUGCACUGGAGGAGUGGACACACCGGUCGGCGAUCUCACCGUCUUCAUAUUGGGCGGCAGCGUCCUGACCGAGCCGAUCAUAUACUUGCGGCGCGCCCUUAGGCGCAUGAGAAUUUACUCCGGCAAUGUGCAAAAAGGUGUUGGCUGGAUCUUUGCCGUCUCCUUCAGCGUCGUGAGGACGGCGUGGUGCGUGCGAAUAGUGAACUAUUUCUUCUCCCCUGGGCUGGACUUGUUCAUUGCGGGGAUAUUGAUAGUUAUUUUUGUAUUGAGUGCAUACUUCAGCUGCCGACUCAUGAAAAUGGCUCGGGAUGUUCUGUUGUAA